CUGAAGUGGUUGUGUUUGUAGGAGUUUCUUUGCAAAGAAUAGAAUGUCUGGACGCGGAAAGCAAGGCGGCAAGGCGAGGGCCAAGGCGAAGACCAGGUCGUCCAGGGCCGGGCUGCAGUUCCCGGUGGGCCGCGUGCACCGCCUGCUGCGGAAGGGCAACUACGCCGAGAGGGUGGGCGCAGGGGCCCCUGUCUACCUGGCCGCCGUCCUGGAGUACCUGACGGCCGAGAUCCUGGAGCUGGCGGGGAACGCCGCCCGGGACAACAAGAAGACCCGCAUCAUCCCCAGGCAUCUGCAGCUGGCCAUCCGCAACGACGAGGAGCUCAACAAGCUGCUGGGCAAAGUCACCAUCGCCCAGGGAGGGGUGCUGCCCAACAUCCAGGCCGUGCUCCUCCCCAAGAAGACCGAGAGCCACAAGGCCAAGGGGAAGUAGAGGCCCCAUAUAUACAUAUAUAUAUAUAUAUAUAUACA